AUGCAAAAAACAAAAAAGCAAGCAGCGCCCCUAGAUGCUGGUGAUUACAUCUGUACCAUAUGCGACCUCCAUUUUAAAACUAAUUUAGUGUUGGCGCAGCAUAAGUUGUCGCAUCGUAGGAGGUUCAGAUGUGUAUUAUGUAAGAGGACAUUCAAAAGAUGGUCCCACGCUCUGGGCCAUGGGGCCAAGUGUGGGGUAUGGGACAGUGUGGCUUGCGGUGUGUGCGAUAAGGUGUUUCGCGAUCAUAAUUCAUUGAAUAUUCACAAGAAAAUUCAUAUAAAAGGCAGGAAUUUUAUUUGCGACGAAUGCAAAAAAGCUUUCAGAACGAGACAACAUCUGAUCAUACAUUUGAGGACGCACACCGGCGCUAAGCCGUUCGGUUGCACCGAAUGCGAUAGGACUUUCGCGACGCACUCGAAUUUGAAAGCUCACGCGGUAGUGCAUGAGAAAGAGAAGUUGUUCUUCUGCGUCGAAUGCGACAAGAGAUAUAAGAGUGGGAAGAGUUUGCAGAGGCACUUUGCGAGUUCCCUCAAACACGCCGUAGGAGAGAGAGAGUUUUCCUGUACGCAAUGCGCGAAAAGCUUUUCAACAAAAAUAUCGUUGGCAACGCAUAUAAAAAAUGCUCACUCAAUAACAUACAAGUGUGAUAUUUGCGAUAAGGUAUUUUCAAAUAAUUCAAAUUUGAAGAAACAUACGCGCUGUGUUCAUAGUAAAAGUUGAAAAAGUGUUUUUCACAUAAAUGUUGUUCUUUAUUUAGUACAGGCUAGAUAGAUAGAUAGCUAGAUAACACUUUAUUGCACACAAGAAUUUACAGGAAUACAUAGAUAAACACAAACAAAAGAGAAGACAUGUACAAAUGGCGGUCUUAUCGCUAGGUAGCGAUCUCUUCCAGACCACCGUAUAAAUAAGAAGAGAAACAUUUUCGAAGAGGAGGGUGAGCAAAAAUUAAGGUUUUAGAGAAAAAAAAAAAUUAAUAAUAAUAGUAGUGAUUUCUGUUAUAUAUACUUAUACACUGACGUAAAAUACUGGAUACUGUCCUAUAGAUGAUAGAAUGCUUAUUUUAUGUUAUAAUCUACCCUGUGUGAAAUUUCAAUUUAAUCGAUUCAGUAGUUCGUAUGUAAAGCAAACAUUAAAUAUUCGCAGUAGAAUAUUUGAAAAUUUAUACGGCGAAUAAAAAUUUCGUAGAUUUAUGCUAGACUAACUGUUGCCCGUGGCUUGACCCGCGUGGUUAAUUAAAUUAUUAUGGUACAAACUGUCAUCCCCUAUUUUAUCCCCUUGGGGGAAGAAUUUAUAACAAUCCUUUCUUAACAGAUGCUUAAAUCGUAGUGACUAUCUGCAUGCCAAAUUUCAGCCCGAUCGGUCUAGUAGUUUCGGCUGUGCUGCUAAAUAAGAUUAAUAUGGUUGUUCGUUUUGCACAUCGCAACUGAAUACGUAAAGGCCGAAUCGAUUUUGGUGAAUUUGUGUGAGUGACUUCUAUGAAAUUUUAAAUAUCCAUCCUUAAAACCGCUCGGCAGAUUUUCACAAUAUUUAAUAUGGUGAUAGACAAAUGCUAGUUUCAACUAACGGGCUGUAUUUUAUUUGAAAAAUAUAAUUUAGUGAUAGAGCUAUCUAACCCGGAAAAAUCGUUUCGUAAUUGAAUGAGAUUUCAUUGGAUAUGUGUUUACAAAUAUCCACCUCAUUUUCAGUGCGUAAAAAAAUUACAAAUCUUUAUAGAUCACGAGCGAAGCCGCGUGAGAAAAGCUAGUGAAAUAUAAAACCUAUAUAUACUAUAGUGUUAUACAAGUUGAAAUACAAAAAAAAAGGUGUGUGUGCGAUUCACACAUGAUAGAAGUGAAACUUCCGUAAAUCGACAAAAGAAUGAAUAAAAUAGUAUGUAUAUU